AUGAGCGACUUGGCCAACCUCGAGAGGAAGCUGCACACCUGCCAGGUCGUACUCUGGCUCAAGAACAACUUUGAGACGCCCGAGGGGCUGGAGCACUGGGAGGCCGACCCGUCGUCAGAUGAGGGACCACAAGAACUCGUGGGGGUGAGCAAGGGCGUCGUCUAUCGGGCCUACGUCAACAUGUGCAGCCGCGAGGGCCGACCCGUCAUGUUCACGCGGCCGGUGAUGGGCAAGAUGGUCCGCACCAAGCGCCGCGGCCCGCGGGGCCAUGUGGCCCAGUACUACGUCGGGCUACGGCAUCGACGAAAUGGUACUGCCCAGGCCGUGCAAGCGGUCAAGCCCGCCCCGAGCCGCCAGGCCAGCGCCAGAAGCGGCGUUGGCGUCAUCAAGAGGCAUCCUCUCCAGGUGGCGGCCGGUCAACACAAAAACGAGAGUGAGCACGACGAGAGUGCGAGCGAGAUGAGGCCCGGGUUGAGCGGAUCGAGCGAGGACCUGAUGGCCUUGGCGCUCCCUUUCUUUGAGCUCUUGGCUCCUACGGCGGAGGAGCCCCCGAGCAAGACCGCCACGACCACCACUUGCUCGUGGGCAGAUUGCGCAGCGGAGGAGCGGACGAGUGGCGAUCAGGGCUGCGUGAAGACGGAGGGCGAAGACCUGCUCGAGGCCCUGGAGCGGCAGUGGGAGUGGGAGUCGGGCGCCAUGCACGCCCGGUCAUCCACCACGGACGACCGCCUCGAGUGCUUCACCAGCGUUGCGGACGCGCACACGUCGGAGAGCCUGGUAGAGGAAGGGCCGCUUCUCGCCGAGCUCCCGCCGCCCGGAGGGAGGCGCAACUCGCUGCUCGAAUGGGCCGGGCAGGUCAUCCCUCCUCUGCCCAGCUGGCCCAUCAGCAUCAGCCCUUUACACAUUUAA